CCCCAACCACAUGUAAACAAGCCAAGUUGAAACGUUUACCAAGGAACACAAUUUGAAUUACUUGUUUAUUAGUGUUGCGAGAGACACUGGUAUAAGGGAAGCAGGGAGAGCAUAAGGAAACAGACAAGAUGGCCACCGCAAAGAAGAAGCAGAAACAAGCUGUCCCUCAAAAGCUGAACAAAUUUAUGCAUCCUCGGAACCCAUACAGAACGCCUCCCAGCUUCAAGAACCUCGCCACUCAGUACCCAGAGUUCCGUGCCCACUGUUCUUACGAUGUGGCCGGCAAGGUGCAUCUGGACUUCAAGAACCCUGAAGCUGUCCGCACCCUCACCACCUCCCUUCUACACCAGGAUUUUGGCCUUGAGGUGAACAUUCCCUCCGACCGCCUGGUGCCCACACUGCCCCUGCGUCUCAACUACUUACUGUGGCUGGAGGACCUGCUCUUCUUGGCUGCCCAGAGGUGUGGUGGUGGUGGUGGUGGUGGUGGUGAGGGAGACAGUCAUGCGCCGCCUCCUGUAGUAGGGGUGGACAUUGGCACAGGAGCAGCGUGUGUGUACCCCCUGCUGGCCGCGGCACACUUCUCCUGGUGCAUGCUGGCCACCGAGACAGACCCCACCAGCUGCCAGAGUGCCCUGGAGAACGUGCAGAAGAACAAGCUGGAGGGACAGAUUGCAGUGAGAAAGGUGGAGGAAAAAACAAUACUGAAAGGGGUGCUGGAUCUACCAGAAACACUCACUCAAGUCUCCGCCCUCAAACCUCGCCCUGCUGGUGGUGGUGGUGGUGGUAAGUUCGUCUCCCGUUCCUCCAAGUUUCAUCAGUCAGGUUCUCAGCGUUGGGGUGGUGCGUGCUCUGCGGUGAAGGAAGGGAAGGAAGGUCAAGGUGAGAAAGGUGAAGAGGAAGAGAAGAAAGACAGCAAAGAGGAGGAGGAGGAAGGCAAAGGCACCAAUGGAAGGGAGGAAGAGAGAGAGGAGACACAGGAGAGAGACUACAUCUAUGACUUCACCAUGACCAACCCUCCCUUCUUCAGCUCAGAGGAGGAAGCUGACACCAUGGCCAAGAGCAAGAAGGGCCGAGGAGAGCCCACCGCUGCACCCACUGGGUCAGCACUGGAGAAGGUGACAGAAGGAGGGGAGGUGGAGUUCAUUCGACAGAUGGUGGAGGAGAGCCAGCUGCUGAGGGACAAAGUGAGGAUCUUCACCACACUCAUCGGCACCAAGGCUCACGUGCGGGAGGUGAAGAGGCUGGUGCAGGAUGCCACGCCAACCUCCUGCGUUUUCACCGAGUUCUGCCAAGGCCGGACUAUGAGGUGGGGUGCGGCAUGGACCUUUGCUGCCGGUGUGAGUCUGGCUGAGGUGCGGAGUAAGAAGGAGAUGGCCACCAAGAAACCAAUUGUGCUGCUGUUCCCUCGCACCCUCAUGUCUGUCUACUCUGUGCCCGCCGCUUGGAAUAAAGUGCUCGGCUGGCUCAAAGGCUCUCAAGGUGAAGGUGGAAGUGUUCAAGAGCACCAAAUACUUUGUGAGCGCCAACGUGAAGGCAUUCAAGGCAACGUGGCUACACCAGCGGCGGCGGCGGCGGGAGAGAGAGCGAGAGGGACACCACCAGCAACAGCACAAUGGUAAAGGUGCUAAAGAGGAAGAAGAGGAGGAAGACAUAAGAUCUAAGAGAAAAACAGAAGAUCAAGACCAAGAAGAGGAGAGGGAAAGCAAAAGAGCACGAAUAGAAACAGAUGAAAUGCAAACUGGAACAGAAAAGGAAAAACAAAACGUGGAAGAAGAAGAAGAAGAGGAGGAGGAGGAGGAGGAGGAGGAGGAGGAGGAGGAGUUAGACGAGGAGGAAGAGUUAGGGGAGAGUCAUGAGGAAGGGAGAUCACCGGAGAAAGACAGCCAGCAGGGGACAUCAGCGGGAGGAUGGGGACAGAAAAAAGCAACAAAAGGCGGACUGAAAUGCCUCCUCAGGUGUAACUUCCAGGUGAAACAGACAGGUGGAUUAAUCAGCGUGGAGGCACACCACCUGGGUGGGUCUCUGGGCAAGGACGGGCUGAACCAGUUAGUGCAGUACAUGAAGAACAAGUUGACCUUCCCACAUAUUUAACUCUAAGGCUCUUUUAUUUACUGUUCUUGUUUCUCUUAUGGCUGCUUUUCUGAGUCUUGCCUCUUCACUAUUGUCACUUUUUUUUUCUUUUCUUUGUUCUUGUGCAGUGUUUCUAAUAAAGGGUGCUGAAAAGAAAGCAAAUAAAUCAUCGUUAUUACUUACUGUUCUUGUUUCUGUUAUGGCAGUGUUUGUGAAUCUUGCCUCUUUGCUACUAUAAUUUUUUCUGUUCUUGUGCAAUGUUUCUAAUCAAGGGUGCUGGAAUGUAAGCAAGUAAAUCAUUGUUAUUGUUAUUAUUCACUGUUCUUAUUCCCCACAAAGGCUGCGUUUCUGAAUUUCGCCUUUGUUAUUGUCAACUUUUUCUGUUCAUGUGCAUUGUUUCUAAUCAAGGUGUUGAAACGUAAGCAAGUAAGUCAUUGUUGCAGUUUCUCUCUUUUCUUACGUUCUUAAAAACAGUAUUUCUGAAUCUUGCUUCUUCCUUAUUUUUUUUAUUUAUUUAUUUAUUUACUUUGCAGCAUUUCUAAUCAAGAGUCCUGAAAUGUAAGUGACUAAAUCAUUGUCAUUAUUAUUAUUUUCAUUUUUGUUUCCCCAUUUAACCCUUUGAUUACCAUGACCUAUUUUCAUAUUCAUUCUUACUAUUUGGCAAUUUUUAAACAGCUUCAGAAACUCAUGUGGGGAUUACAAUACUGAAGACACUGGCCAUUAACCUCCUGACCUCCAUAGACCCUUCCUCAUGUCAAUAAAAUCGUCCAAUCAUACCCAAAACUCAGGGUAAAAAAGCAUCCCAGUACUAGAGAAGUUUAGACAGUAUUUCUGAAUCUUGGCUGUUCCUUGUUGGCUCCAUUUUCUCUUCUUGUUCUUGUGCUGUAUUUCUAAUCAAGGGAGGUGAAAUACAAGCGAGGAAAUCAAUGUCAUUAUUUAUAGUUUCUUGUAUCCCAUUAAAGCAGCAUUUCGGAA